CCAACGUUCAAGACCAACUUCGACAAGACAAAUCUCUCCUCACAAUCCGCCGACCGUCCUCUUUCAAAAUGGCCGCCCAAAACUCUGCGGGAAUCCAAACGCUGCUCGAUGCCGAACGAGAAGCCCAAAAGAUUGUGCAGCAAGCAAGAGAAUACCGCACGAAGCGAGUAAAGGACGCCCGAAGCGAAGCGCAAAAGGAAAUCGAGGACUACAAAAAAGGAAAGGAGAAUGAGUUCCAGAAGUUCGAGAAGGAGCACAGCUCUGGAAACAAGCAGGCUGAGGACGACGCGAAGAAAGACACGGAAGUCAAGGUCAAGGAGAUUGAGGGUAUUGGCAGCAAGUCAGGUUCCAAGGUUGUAGAGCAACUGCUUACGGCGGUUACGAACGCGAAGCCCGAACCACCUCGCGGACGAGCUUGA